CUAUAGUUCCCUGUCUGACCUGACUGAAAAUUACGCGCCUCCACCAACAUCCAAUCUGUGCAGCGUAGAUAUCGUAUCCAUCUAGUACUUCGGGAAUCCUUUAAGGAAGAGAAGGCUACCGAGUAGUCCUCACGCUUUGAAGAACCCCAGGUCAGCAUCGAACUCGGUCGAUCCAUCUCGUUUUUGAGCAUCGGCCAAAGGUGCCACUGUGCCUUCAACUGCUCCAUGAAUUAGUAUGAGGCGCCAUAGUAGGGAACUAUAUUCCAUGUACGUACCCGGGACUGGAGAAGCUACGGCAAAAGCAGCAAAUGCCAGAGAAGUGAAUACGAUGUUGAUGAAUUGCAUCUUGAAAGGUAGUGUUUGGAUAGUAUUUCUCAAGUAGUGGUGCCCGGAAAGUUAGAGUGUGCGUGUCGGAAAGUAGCUGUGCGCAGUUACCGUCCAGCUACUUAAGAUAUAUGAUUUCAACAUGAAUGUGCCUGUUCUACCCAAGUGAAUCACUUGUUUGCCUCCUUACCCGUAUCUUUCAGCUAAUUUCACUUGGCGACAACCCGACUGGGCAUGUAUCGGUGUGUACACCUUUUACGAUAGAGAUCUACAAACUAUAGACCAGGGUAUUUGAACUUAGCCGAGAGCUUGAUAGUCCCUCGAAGUCGUGCACGGUAAGCAACUCGCCGAUUACACACAAAAUGUAAGCUCUCAUUGAGCUCCUCCGACUGGCAAGGAAGGGUGCCGGUUGAUAAAUUAAUAAGAGCUUGUAGUCCGAGCCUAUCAACACGAUACACUCAUCGUAUAUAAUAGCCUUCACAUACUCAACCUUCGGUGAAUUCAAUGGUGAAUAGCCAAGACCCCAUUGAAGAGGAUUAUUAGGAUCCUCGUUCGGAGACCGAAAGAACCAUGCAAGUGUGAUUACACCACGUUGUCGAGCCGGGAUAAGCCGCGUCGCAUUAAUUGAACGGUGAUUUUUUACCAAUCCUGGUAUAUGUACAAUCUAGUGAUGUAUAGCAUCACUUCCCGCUGUCCUAUUUCCAGCUGAUUGAUGCAAGUUUUGCCCCCUUGACGUCUCGCUGCAGAUCCCGGUAGGUGGAACCGCGAAAAUGCGAGAGAGGGCACAUCGGCUGAAGACAUCAUUUCCUUUGUUGUAGCGCCAGAACUUUCACGCUUCUGUUGUUCUCAUUCUCUCAUAGUAAACAUGUUUUCGAAAGAGAGAUCAGAUUAUGCGCCAGUCGCUCAAAACGAUGAAGAGUCGCUUAGGGGCAAGGAACAACCACCAUCACAGCAAACAUCGGACCCAUGGAAAUUCAGGUUUUAUUUGCUGCUAUCAAUUUUCGCCAUAGUAACGCUGCCGUUGGCCGCCUACACAUUUCAUGCAGUGACAACUCGAUCGCAAACAUCAUCAAUACCGCAACUUGAACCCUUCUACUCACCUGCUUAUGAACACGCAAAAUAUGUGUAUAAGGACACAACCAAGCCCUCACCAGAAUUCAUGGGAAAACCCCGCCCUGAAAUGGAUAAAGCCUGGCACGAUCUGCUCGAAGGAACUCUGGUCAAGUUUUCAGCUGAGGAGCUUCAACGUGCCAAUGCUACUUCUCUUGAGCACAAAGACGGCGGAUACGUAGGCGGGCUGGGUCUAUCGCACAAUCUGCAUUGCCUGAAACGGUUGAGACAGAUUUUGAACCCUGAUUACUACUAUUCCACGGAUCACGACUGGGAGUAUCUUUAUGAACACGUCGAUCAUUGUUUGGAAAGUUUGCGCCAGACCUUAAUGUGUCAAGCUGAUCUAUCUAUCUACACACUUCGCUGGACACCGCACAGUAGUACAAAACCUGGCGUGCAUGUCCCGAACCCGAAUGUCUGUGUAGAUUGGGAUGGGCUGCAUGGGUGGAUGAAAGGGAGGGCGGCAAGCUUGGAGGAUGUGAUCACGCUCCCGGAAGAGAUAUACGAGGAGCUGCCGACUUCCAAAGGGGAGGAGAAAGAUGGCGGUAACAUGGCGGUAAAUUGA